AUGUCAUCCCCGCGCUUUUCCAAUACGAUCCUCGUUCCAGGAACGAGUGGCCAAGCCCCCUCGAUACAAACGUUUGGGGCGUUGGACCAGCCAAGGAAGAAGCGGCCCCAUCGGAAGAGUCGGAAGGGUUGCGAUGCCUGCAAGCGCCGGAAAGUAAAGCGUAACGAGCAGUGUUUCCAGCCGAGUCAUAUCUCUGUUCCUAUUCCCGUCGUGCCUAAGACAAUUGACCCGGUUCCGUGGAUCAAUCUCAUGCAUCUCGAGUUGUUUCAUCACUGGGAUAAAGAAACUCGACCGACCCUUGCAUUUCCGCAGAUCUGGCCCAUCGUCCUGCAGCAAGCCUUUCAAGAAGACUUUGUCAUGUCGGCCAUCCUCUGUACCUCUGCAAUGCACUUAUCUUACCUCUGCCCCCACGAGACUAGAUACAAAGAUGCUUCAGAGCAUCUGAUGGCCAAAACCGUCCAAUUAUUUCGGAAGAACUUAUCCCGUCCGCUGAAUAAGCAGAACUGUGAGGCUCUGAUGGGAACAGCCCUACUCGUCAAUUACAUCUCAUGGUUCGAUCUUGACUUCCUUCAUGGCCAGACCAAACUAGACCUUUCGAAAGACCAAUUAUUCUUCCUCACGCCUGGUAUCAUUGAGUUGUGGUUUCGGUCGAUGCCUAUCUUCAUUGACCAGGGAAGCAUCUUCGCCGACGUCGCGAGGCAUUCUCCCAGGUUUCACAUCGAGCAGGCUCUUGUGUCUUGGGGUCAUGAUCCAGAGCGUUUUAUUGAUUUGUUUAUGGCGAUCUGGGAUGAUCCUCGAUGCCAAGGGGAGAAUUGCCCUGCGAAAAGUGAUGAGCCGACGUCGUGUGCUUGGCGUCUUCUUCUUGGGAUGGAGAAUCAGAUACCGCAUCCUUCACCCAAGUCUCCCCCAGCAGAAGAAGGGUCAUGUGAGGAGGAUACACACAACCAGUCACUCACUCAUCUCAAAGAAGUCAUCACCGAUGUCACAGACAAGUUCACAUCACCUAAUCACCCAGCAGCUUCCGUAGCCGCGUAUCGCCUCUUCUGUGCUGCGCAUCACUUGCAAUCGGCCCGAUACACCACGACAUAUCUUCCAUAA